CGCUCGAGCUCCUCGUAGCCGCCCUGGCUGAGGUUGUAGCGCGCCCGCAGCUCCUGCUGCCGCAGCUCCAGCCGCUGCCGCUCGAUCAUCUCUGGCUCCGACUCGAGCGCGUCGAAGACCGCGGCGCCCACCAGCAGGAGAGUAAUCUGGGCAAGAGGAAUUUUCUUCCAUCAUAUCAGUGAAGACAUGGAGGCCCCGAGGGACCAGGUGACUGAGCGCAGAGGGGGUAAGAGGAGCAUAGGCUUCUAUUUCUUGAGCAGAUGAGAUGGCACAUAGAAAAGAAUUUCGGAAUUACAAAGCGAUGCAAAGCAUCCACGACUCCUUCCUGAAGCUCUGUCCCCACGGGAAGUACUACAAGGAGGCCACCUUGACCAUGGACCAGGUCAGCUCCCUGCCAGCUCUGAGGGUCAACCCUUUCAGAGACUGAAUCUGCAGAGUGUUCUCCCACAACGAUGCGUUCUCCUUCGAGGAUGUGCUGGGCAUGGCAUCUGUGUUUAGCGAGCAGGCCUGCCCGAGCUUGACGAUCGAGUAUGCCUUCCUCAUUUACGAUUUUAAUGAGAAUGGCUUCAUCGAUGAGGAGGACCUGUAGAGGAUCACCCUUCAACUGCUCAACAGAGACGACGCGUCAGAGGACCUGCUGACCGACCUCAGCAGCCACGUCCUGAAUGAGUCAGAUCUGGACAAUGACAACAUGCUGUCUUUCUCAGAGUUUGAACACGCGAUGGCCAGAUCUCCGGACUUCAUGAAGUAAGGUGUUCUGGAGUGAGGGGGGAUGCCCAGCAUAGUGGGGGACAAGAAGCCCCCCCCCACAGUCUCCCUCGGCCAAUGGGACACCUUGGUCUUCCCAGUGAGGUCAUGAGUUUCCAGGGCAAUUCGCAGAUUCUUGCAGAAUCAGCAAAACUGGAGCUUCUGAGAAAUGAGGUAACCUGGAAAGAGACAGGGAGUGGGGUUUCAAAAGGCAAAGGGGAGAUUGCAUUCCAGGCUUUGCAAACGACGUGGGUGGUCCAGACUUCAGGUGCGGUCCCUCUACAGCCAACGAAAAGCCCGCUGGGCUCCAGGACUGACCUGGGGAGUUGCCCUUGCCCCUGUUGGUCCUGCUGCCGUGCCACCACAACCUCCAGUGGUUACUGGGAGCUGGGGAUUGGCAUGGAACUGUGGGGGGGAGCAGCAGGGAUGAAGAGGCUGGUGAUAGAGCUCAGAGAAGAGCUCAAGCAUUUCCAAACCUUCCAUCAGGCGGAAGGGGGCCUUAAUGGUCGUUAGCUGUCCAAACUCCUUUGAGACAAUCGGCCAUCUCCAUACUGGCUGUAUUUAACAGUCUUAUUUGGGUCCUUCCAGUUGUGGGAAACAUACCACCGCUGAAGGCAGCCCGUUUCAUGAGGAACAGCCCUUUUAGGGCAAUCUUCUCGCACUGAGCUGCAUCUGUUUGCCUGUGUCUGCUACUCCUGGGCCCUUUCUGCCCUUGGUCUUCAGUCUAGGUGAUUUUGGUAGCAAGGAAGAGUGCCCACUCAAAAUGGUUUAACAAACCACUCAAAAGAGAACAAAGACAGCUAGACCUCAGAGAGCACCUGGUCGGGGGCCCAGAGUCUCUGCCUCUGUCCUCAGCAAUUCUGCACUUUGCUUUACAUGCAACCAGCCAUCUCUGCUUUGUCAGACGUGAGGCCAAAUUUGGCCUCCACAGCAGCCAAGUUUAUGUCUAUUUGGCUCAGUGAAUGUCCCUCAGCUCUGGCUCCAGAUUCUCAGAGAAUCUGAUUGGCCAGCUCCAGGCAGGUGUCCAGCCCUCUUCCAACUGCCUGGCCGGAGCGGAGGGCCCUCCAUCCCAACAUGGCUGCCAGAGGGCUUAGCCUGGGCAGACUCUCUAAAAGAGGAUCCACACUUGGACCACCACCACCCCCCAACCGAGGUAAUUCCUCUUCCUCCAUAACAGCCCAGCACAUGACUGGAGCUGGAAUCCUGUCUGCCUUGAGUUUUUUCUUUGAAUCUCUCCCGUUUCUUUCCACUGGUUCCAGCACCACAAGGUUCGGACAGCCUUUGCAUUCUAAAGCUGCUCAAAGGAGGCUUUGAGUUGGCUUGGGAGAGUUGCAAACUGGCCAUCACUCAGAGAAAGGGACACAAGAGGUGUGAACCCAGAAAUCAGAGGGGGCUUUACAGCUGCAGGCUCGAGGUGGCUAAUGGAAUUCUUUCUUUCAGCUCCUUUAGGAUUCACUUCUGGGGGUGCUGAUGUGGCCCCAAAUACCUGCUCUGGCGGCCUUGAGGGGGACCCCUGGAACUAGGAAUUCAACCCCCUGCGGGCGGGGCGCUGGGGGAAAUCUGAUUAGAAGAAUGACUUUGUCCCCAUCCCUCCCUCCCUUCUAGAAUAUUGUUUAUUCAGUAAAGCAGAAGAAAAGCCUUUCCCUUUUUCCAUCAGUUCAUCAUUUUUUGAGUGCAGGGUCAUAUAGAAGGACUUUUUAUUAAGAACUGCUCAUUCCAGGGCUUAAGUUCUCCAGUGAUGCCAAGACUGGGAUGGCCAGUCCUUUUGAGGUCAAUACAUGUCACAGCAGGGACCAGGCCAAAUGGGAUGAAAUUCACCAGGAAAAUACACGUCCUGCCUUCCCUUCCCUGGAGCCUCCACCCAGCCUCUCUGCUCGACUCUCGGGUGCAGGCUGUACAGAGCUACGCGCUGAGCAGUCUUUCCAAUUGGCGCCUGGCUUCCCAAGAUAUCUUGGGCCCCCUCGGCACCCCUGCACCCUCGGGAUGCGACAGUGUGUGACCAGCGAUCAGGGUUUAUUUGCUUUGCCAUUCAGCCAAACCCUGGAAUGAAUUUGGCCACCACAGGGGCUCUUUGGGGCCCAGCUGCUCUGGCGCUCAGGAGAGGCCCCUUAGGGGUUCUCUGAAAGCUGUCAGAUGCCUACCUGAUGUCCUCAGAGGAGGAGGUGUCUAAAUGCUGGCUCACAGGGGAAGGUCUGUUUCACCCUCCGUGUACUUGAA